AUGGCUACCACAGCAAAAGAAGUCGCAAAACGGUUGGUGUCCGUUUUGGAGUCAUUUCCAAAGGAAAGAAUAGAACAUUUCGCCUCUUUCAAGGAGGUUCAAGCCGAGAGAUUUGCCGUGAUUGCUGGAUUACCAUCCAAAUCCAAGGAUUUGAAGACAACCAAGUCAAACAAAUCUAUCGCAGAGAUUGUCUCUUCUACAUUGAGCAACAAAAGUGGUCCCAAAGAUACAUUCAAGACUGACGCUUUAACGUCGCAGGUUCUAGAGCAGCAGCUGGUUUCCGCUGCAAAUAUUUCACAGAACAAGUACUCUACAUAUUAUCCAAUCAGCUCCAAGCUAUUGAAACCAAAAGGUAACCCAAAUUAUUACGACAGAUUGGUAGGUGAUUUGGAGAAAGGUGGUAAGCAAAAGGAGGGACUAUUGUCCGGAAUGAUGACUGUUAUAACGGGAAAGUAUUAG